AUUUCAAUCCGAAUUUGGACUCUUCGACGUAUGCGUAAAUGCAACAGCUCUGCAGCGUACUUGGCAACUUUGGCUGCGUCGGACGGUUUGUUUCUGAUACUCAUAAUUGUAAACGAAUUGCAGUAUCCUUGGCUGGUUGGCGCUCUAGAUCUCCAAGGUUGGUGUCAAAUCUGGAACGUUCUACAAAUAACUUGCCAGUAUAUAUCAAUUCUGCUUGUGUUUGCUUUUACAGUGGAGAGGUUUAUUUCGGUGUGUCGCCCAUUCUCCUGCGAAAAAUUUUCGAAAACCUCAAGAUGGUCCAAAAUUAUAGGAGCCAUUCUGUGUACGUCCUUCAUUUUAGCCCUGCCGCAAGCUUUCUUUUGGAACGUCAGCCACGAAAUCAGGGAAUGUGCUCUCCGGAUUUUGUUUAACGAUGUUUACGUCAUCUGGAACUGGACGUCAGACCUGGUUAUGUUUGGUGCCGUUCCCAUCUUCGCUUUUGUUCUCAAUAUAUGUGUCCUUAAGCAGAUUCGAACUGUCGGCCGUUUAUUUAUCACCAGUGAAACCUUACACAGACAUGCAGGGCCACGAUGUUCGUCUACAACAGCUACACUCAUGUGGAUUUCUUUCUAUCUGAUAUUCAGUAAACUUCCGGUGACGAUUAUGUUCAUCAUGCAGUCUAGCGUGCAGUUCGGAAGCACCAUGAGCAUGGAUGAAAUGAGACAGGAUCAUACAUGGCAGAACUAUUUGUCCUACUACACAGCCCGUAAGAUCAUUGAAGAGCUGGGCAUCUCACACCACGCCUGCAAUAUAUUUAUCUACACUGCAACUAGCAAACAGUUUCGCACACAUCUGAAGUUGUUUCUAGUGCAAUUAUUUUCACGAAAAGGUGCAGUUCCAAGAAGUUCUCCAUCGCAUUCAGUGAGGCAAAGACGUUUUUGGCUGCAGCCAAAGGCUUGA